CAACAGAUCCCUAUCCAUAUUCGCUGCUUUACAGUAAGCUUUAUUGAUAUUUUUCCUAUCAUAUACUAUCUCUCAUAGCCGCACCCACAUUGUUCAGACCAUCAGGAAGUAAUGUUGGUAUAUGAUAUAACAUGCUAGAGCACAAAUAGCUAUUCAGAUAAACAAUGGGCAACGAUCGGUACUGGAAACAGACAUUUUAUGAAAUGGUUGAUAGAGAACUACCACAUAUGUGGACUAUAGAAAUCUGCAAUGAGAAACCAAAUCAAAUGGGAUGGAAAUCAUUCACUCAACAUGAUGCUUUUGGAAAGUACAAAUGUCCUGAUUGUCCUAACUCCUGGAAAUCCAUACACUCUGUCAUUGAGUUCUACAUACAACUGACUAACCGGCAAGGGAGAGUCAUGAUGAAUCCAUUGGGGCAGCAGUGUAAAAACUGCAUUGACCAAUACGUAAAACCUAAAAUGCCAAACAGAAUAAUCACAAUCAUUGUACAGAAUCUGAUCAAAACUAUAAGAAAGAAAUGCUAUGGAGAAUAUGUUCCACAACUGGAUCCUGCAGAUGAUGGGCAGAGUGGGCAUGGACCACACAUAAAGAAACUGUGUCAGGCUUGUCAUUUAGGCAUCUGCAAAGCAAACGUUUUUAUUAGUCAUCAGAGCAGCAAAGUUGAACAUUGUAAUGUGCACAUUGGGGAAGAGAAACCUAACAGCCCAUUAAAAUCUUCUCAACAACAAGACAGUUGUUUCUGCCGCUGUUUCUGCUUCUUUGCUAUUAUUUUGUUAUAUUUUAUCUGGAUAAUAAUGAAGCAUUAAAAAACCAAUUGCGUUGAUCAAUUAUUACAAAGAUAACAGAAUUCCAAUUAAUAAAUCCCAUACAAUUUUCUUUAGUUCCGCUCAACCUAUACACCAGAAUUCUGUCUAAAGUUACUCACCAACCGCAACUGUCCAGUUGCUCUAGAUUUACUUCUACUAGAUAUACCCUGACCUGGAUUAA